AGAUGUGCGGAUUUUGACCGGAAAAUCAACCAAGCUCUUUUUGUGGGCCCCGGAAGAACUGUCUGUUUACAGUUGCUACCAGCAGCAGCAGCAGGCAGAGAAAUCGUUAGCUAGUUAUCUUGAUAGCUAGGUAACAAAUAUUGAAAACAAAUACAGGGAGUAUGAGCAGCUCAGAGGAGGUGUCCUGGAUCUCCUGGUUUUGUGGACUGCGGGGGAAUGAAUUCUUCUGUGAGGUUGAUGAAGACUACAUUCAGGACAAGUUCAAUCUGACGGGACUGAAUGAGCAGGUCCCCCACUAUCGCCAGGCUCUCGACAUGAUUCUGGACUUGGAGCCAGAUGAAGAGCUGGAGGACAACCCCAACCAGAGCGACUUGAUCGAGCAGGCAGCUGAGAUGCUCUAUGGCCUCAUCCAUGCUCGCUACAUCCUCACAAACAGAGGCAUCGCCCAAAUGUUGGAGAAGUACCAACAAGGGGAUUUUGGCUAUUGCCCCAGAGUGUAUUGUGAAAACCAACCCAUGCUUCCUAUUGGCCUGUCAGAUAUUCCAGGGGAGGCCAUGGUGAAGCUGUACUGUCCGAAGUGCAUGGAUGUUUACACCCCAAAGUCCUCCAGGCACCACCACACAGACGGGGCCUACUUUGGGACAGGUUUUCCUCACAUGCUGUUUAUGGUGCACCCAGAGUACCGGCCAAAACGACCUGCCAACCAGUUUGUGCCAAGGUUAUAUGGUUUCAAAAUCCAUCCUAUGGCUUACCAACUCCAGCUCCAGGCUGCCUCGAGCUUCAAAAGUCCUGUGAAGACAAUUCGCUAGACCUUGAGCAUGACCAACGAUGAAGACACUAAGGAGACUUAUUUUCUAUGUUUAUUGUUACUUGGUUGAACGAUUAUGUAGAUCAAUAAAGGCUUGUAUAUGUAACCCAUGACAUAUAGGUACUAGAUACACACACACACACACACACACACACACACACACACACACACACACACACAGCCACAUGUCAUUCAUCUUCCUGUUUCUCAUGGUGCUGUGUGAUGGCUGGGUCUCCUUGUAAUCAUCACUCUUCUAGAACAAUCUCUCCCCCCCUGGAAUGAUCUUGUCUGAUGUCAUAUCCUUUAUCCUUACUGGGGUUUACAUAGUCGCAAGAAUAAAGAGGUUCAGUGAGUUUAAUCUGUUCAAAUCAGUAAUAAUUUACCUACUCCAGGUUUGAAAGGAUUGCUGAAAACAACCGGCAAUCAAUCAGUCAUUAUUAGUUCAUUUUGAGCUGCACUUUAGACACCAAGUUAAAUGUAAAGGUAAUUUUCAGAUGCUACUGAAGCAGUUGCGGUAAUGCUGAAAGGUGCACAAGACAUGUUCUCAGGGUGAAGACAAUGUAUUUGAUUUGUGUUUGUGUGUUUGGUAAGCUGUUUCAGAGGAGUGGGUAACACCCAAUAGGGUCUAGGCUCAUUUGUUCUCAACUCAUCAAGGGUUUUAAACACCGUUUUGUUUAGAUUAAUCUGUUCAAAUACUUUAUGUAAUUUAAUACAUACCUACAGAUGCCAUUUUACACAUGCCCUUUUUCUCUGCAGCUUGUUAGAACAUUUGAAAAGAUUUCUUUUCAAUCAAUAAAUUCAAUGGUAUUUGAUGCCGUCUUAGGUAUUCAUGCUCUUGUCUUAAAGUGAGACAGCAAACAUAACUUCAAUAAACUGUUUUGUUUCGUA